GCCCCAUCACAUUUCACAAACACUCCCAGUCUUUCUUAAUUAUACGUACGCACACAACCAAUAAAGCAAGAAGCUACAAAGGAUUUUCACACAAAAACCAUUCCAAACUUUCAUCUUCCUUCUCUUAAAACCAGUUUCAAGAAAAGGGCGUCUUUGUUUUUUCCUUCUUUCUUUGAAGCUCUAGCUAGCUGGCUAUCUCUCAACAUCCUCGUCUUCAAAUUUCAUCCAUGGAUACUGCUCAGUGGCCACAGGAGAUAGUGGUGAAACCAAUAGAAGAGAUAGUUGUAAAUACAUGCUCGAAGCCUCCUGCUUUGGAGAGGAAGGUAAGGCCUCAAAAGGAACAGGCCCUCAACUGUCCGAGGUGCAAUUCAACUAACACCAAGUUCUGUUACUAUAACAACUACAGUCUUACACAACCUAGGUACUUUUGUAAGACUUGUAGAAGGUAUUGGACGGAAGGUGGUUCUCUAAGGAGCAUUCCUGUUGGUGGAGGUUCAAGAAAGAACAAGAGAUCAUCAGCUUCUUCUUCAUCUUCUUCAAAGAAACUUCCUGAUCUGAUAUCACCACCAACUUUGUCACAAACCUCUACUGAGAACCAUAAGAUCCAUGAAGGCCAAGAUCUAAACCUAGCUUUCCCAUCCACUCAAGGUAUUAGAAGUUUCUCUGAAUUGAUCCAAUUUCCGAGCAUUAACGAAAACAACAACAAGACCCAAAUAUCUUCCUCUACUUCGGCAUCCACUAACACAUCCCAACUUUCAGCUUUAGAGCUGUUAACUGGAAUCUCUUCAAGGGGCUUGAAUUCUUUUCCCAUGCCAGUUCAUCAAGAUCCAAGUACACUUUACCCAUCUGGUUUUCCUCUUCAAGAUUUCAAACCAACCUUGAGUUUCUCUCUGGAUGGGCUUGGAAGUGGUUAUGGAGAUCUCCAAGGGGUUCAUGAAACUAAUGGAAGACUUUUGUUUCCAUUUGAAGAUUUAAAGCAACAAGUUUCAAGCACAGCUGAUAUUGAGCAAAAUAAAGAGCAUGGUGAUUCCACAGGAUAUUGGACUGGGAUGUUAGGUGGAGGAUCAUGGUAAAUUAGAUGAAGAAAAUGAUUUGGGGUUUUUUUUUUUUUUGGAAUUUUUUUUAACUUUAUUAUAAGUUCUUAAGGUGGGUGACUUGGUUUGCAUUUCUUCCUUACUAACAGAUAGGAUACAUGGGUGUCUUACUCUCUCUACUGGCUCUUUUUUUUUUACUUUCAAUCGUCUUCUUUACUCUUUAAACUUGUGGGAACUUGAAGCUCAUUUUAGGCUGGCUUCAUUAAGGGUCAAGAACUGGUGGGAUACUGUGAAAAGAUAGAAGAAAAGAUCAAGCUAAGCUAGCUAAGCCCAGAAUUUUUUACAGGGUAACAAGUAGAAGAGGGCACUGUGCCCUUUUACUUCAUGUUAUGUCUUCUAUCAUUUAAAGGAAGAGCUAGCAAAAAGGCCACCCUCUAUAUAUAUCCUUGUGUGUCAUUGAUUGGCAUGGUACAAAAAAUAAUGUAUAAUGUGAGAAAUUGUAAGGAGUUUUAUGGAUUAAAGGCUUUGUUCGUUACUUUCUUUCA